AUGCAUCCCUUCUUCAAGUCCCCCUUCUUCAACUUCGAGUACCUUCGCCUUCUCGCCAUGGCGCCCCACGAGGGCGCCGAGAUCGGUGAGGCCCUCGAAGCAGCCGCCAAAAUCAAGGAUCUCGAACCGGAAUCGUGGUUCAGCGCCUUCCUCGAUGCCGGUAACAAGGCAGAAGAGAUCGCUCAGGAGGCCGAACAAGCAGGCGACCGUGUAUCCGCACGUCGUGCCUACCUCCGGUCCUCCAACUACAUCCGCGCGGCGCAAUUCAUGCUCAACGAGGGCCCGAUCGGGAACGACCAGCGCGUUCUUCCGAGUAUUGAGCGCGCUAUUGCAAACUUUCGAAAGGGUGUCCAAUAUCGCGAUGGGAGAACGUUCUUUCUGGAGAUACCGUACGAAGAUGGGCUCAAGUUGCCCGGCUACCUCUACCUGCCCGAACCUGCCAGGCGCAUUCCGGGUCGCAAGAUUCCUAUCCUACUAAACUCCGGGGGAGGCGAUUCGACACAAGAGGAGAUCUACUUUGUCAACCCGGCAUUUGGGCCCGAACUCGGGUAUGCCGUGGUCACCUUCGAAGGACCCGGUCAGGGAAUUGUGCUUCGUCGCGACAAGCUACCGAUGCGCCCAGACUGGGAAGUUGUCACCAGUGCGGUCUUGGAUCACCUCUUUGACUUCGCCACCCGCCAUCCCGAGCUGGAGCUCGACUUGGAUCACAUUGCUGUCACCGGGGCCUCGAUGGGGGGAUAUUUUGCCCUGCGUGCGGCCGCCGACGCCCGGAUCAAGGCUUGCGUUAGCGUCGACGGAUUCUACAGUUUAGCCAGUUUUGUCGGCGGCAGAAUGCCCGGGCCCCUCUUCCACGGCUUCAUGAACGGCUGGCUGCCCGACGCGGUCUUCAACGGCAUUUUGCGGUCUCUCCAGCGAUUCGACUUCCAAGCGCGAUGGGAGCUCAAUCAUCUAAAGUGGGCCACCGGCACUACCACCGAGGCCGACAUCAUGCGGAGUUUCGGCGACUAUACACUACUCAACCCAGACGGGACCGAGUAUCUUGCCAACGUAAAGUGUCCCACGUUGGUCACUGGCGCUGGAGCAAGCUGGUACUUUGACCCGGCAACCACCACCGACAAGAUUUACGACUGCCUGACGAGUCUGACACCGGGUGUGGACAAGGAAAAGUGGAUCGCCCAGGACAUCGCCCACGGAGGGCUCCAGGCCAAAAUCGGUGCGUUCGGUUACUCGGUGCACAGAACCUUCCAGUGGUUAGACGCCAAUUUUGGGAUUGAGAGAGAGCCAUUGGAGGCGAAAUCUGAUUUGCGUGAGCUGGUCCAGUAG